AUCCCUUAUCAGUAGUUGACGGAAAGCGCCAUUGUUCACAUGGGACUCCACUUUUACUGUUUACUGGUCCUUACGUGGACGGUAGCGUAUGCUGCAGUGCCGUCGUAUUUGAAGAAUUUAGAUCUAGACCAUGGGUAUAAAUCGGUAUGGAAACCGUCCAAAGGUCAAAACCCUUCAGGCAUAGAGUUCGGCGAGAUCUCCCGCGGCUCGCUGCUCAAGAUCAUGGCGGAGUUCGCGCAGAACGUGGAGCAGCGGCUGCGCCCGCGCCAGCAGGGCGUGAGGUUUGACGCGCACUUCGCUAAUAACAAGUAUACUAGGCCGUACAUAUACCCGAGGUUCGGCAGGAAAUAAAAGCUUCGCUUUUUGUUUUUCCUUGGGUAGAUUUAAAUUUUGGUCCAUCUUAUUAUUUAUUCGAGAUUCGGCGACUAUUAGUCAUGAUAUAUACCUUGAACCCUACUCCUAUCCCUUAAGCCCUUAAACUUAAGCAGAAAAUUCCACACUCGCGUUUGCGGCGUCGCGCCGUGAUUCGCGCGCACAGUUUGGAGCGGGCUUUAGAUACCGUACCCGAGGUUCGGCAGGAAUAAUAUGAAUAACCUAAUACAUGAUUAUAAAAAAAAUGCUAUUUUCAUUUUUCCUC